GGCCGGGGAGGAGCCGGGGCCUGCAGUGGAGCCGCGGCCCAGCGCGCACCGAGCCCGAGCGGCGGAGGAGGAGAAGGCGGCGGCGGCGGCGGAGGAGGAGGAGGCCGCGGCGGCGGGCCUGCUGCGCGGGAGGGCCGGGCUGGGCGCUGCCGCGAGGCUCCGGGUCAGCCCGCCUUCCCUGCGGCGGAGAGAGAGCGAGAGAGCGGCGUCCGCAGCGGCCCUUCGCCAGGCCUCCGCCGCGCCCUUCCUGGUCCAUCCAGGCGAGGCCCGCCGCCCGCCCGCCCGCUCGCCGCCCGCCCGGCGGCCGGAGAUGCGGGAGCGGCGGGCGCUGAGGGCCGGGCGGAGCAUGAGGCCGGGGCGCGGGGCGGCGUCCCCCUGAGCGGCCGGUGGAUCUUGUCCUCCAGCGCCAUGGCUUCCGACCUGGAAAGCAGCCUCACCUCCAUCGACUGGCUCCCCCAGCUCACCCUUCGGGCCACCAUUGAGAAAUUAGGGGGGGCUUCUCAGUCAGGUGCCUCGGGAGCUGGCCGGAAGUGUCCGCCUGGCUCUCCGACUGACCCCAAUGCCACUUUGAGCAAGGAUGAGGCUGCGGUCCACCAGGACGGGAAGCCCCGCUACAGCUACGCCACCCUGAUCACCUACGCCAUCAACUCCUCACCCGCCAAGAAGAUGACCCUCAGCGAAAUCUACCGCUGGAUUUGCGACAAUUUCCCCUAUUACAAGAAUGCGGGCAUAGGCUGGAAGAACUCCAUCCGGCACAACCUUUCGCUGAACAAAUGCUUUCGGAAAGUGCCUCGUCCCCGGGACGACCCUGGAAAGGGCUCGUAUUGGACGAUCGACACCUGUCCCGAUAUUUCCCGGAAGAGGCGCCAUCCGCCGGAUGACGAUCUGUCACAGGAUUCCCCGGACCAGGAGGCCAGCAAAAGCCCCCGGGGGUCCGUCUCUCUGGGCCCGGAGGCGUCGCUCUCCCCCGAGUCCAACCAGCAGCUCUCGUUGCAAAGCACGCCCCCUCUGGGCAAUUACGGCCAGAGCGCCGGGCCAGUGGAGGUGGCUGCCACGGUGGCAGGCGGACAAGGCCGGGAAGGGACGGAGGUGCCACCUCCGCACUACAGCACCAGCAACGACUUGAAGUUCUCCUACUCUGAAAUCAACUUCCAGGAUCUCAGCUGGUCCUUCCGAAAUCUCUACAAAUCGAUGCUCGAGAAGUCCUCUUCCUCCCAGCAUGAUUUCUCCUCCCUCCUGGGGGAAAUGCAGCCCUCCAACCACAGCUACUACAUGUACCAGCAGCCACAGGGGCCUCCCUCCGUCGGAGCUGCGCCGCCCCUCCACACUCCAGCCUCGGAGAGCUGCCAGUCCCAGGGCAGCAAGCAGCAGGCGGGGGACGGCUACGGCCCCCCUCCCGUGAUGUCUCUGCACCCCUCUGCCAUGCAGCACGGAGGGUACCACCAGCACCAUCAUCCCCACGCCCACCCGCAGCAGCAGUCGCAGGCCUCCCUCAAUAACGCCAGCUUUGCUUUUCCCUCCGACUGGUGCUCCAACAUUGACUCUCUGAAAGAAAGCUUCAAGAUGGUCAAUCGGCUCAACUGGUCCAGCAUUGAACACUCCCAGUUCUCAGAGUUAAUGGAGAGCCUCCGCCAGGCCGAACGGAAGAACUGGUCCUUAGACCAGCACCACAUUGCCAACCUCUGCGACUCCCUGAACCACUUCCUCACCCAGACCGGGCAGCUCCCUCACCUGGGGGGGCCCCCACAGCCCCCCCGCAUCUCCGAGUCCUGUGCCCUGAACAGCAACAAGCAGGAGCAGCCCAUGAGCCAAGUGAACUCGUAUGGUCAGCCGGCACCUCCCCACCUGUACUCGGGACCCUCUCCAAUGUACUCGAUUCCCACCCAGGAUUCGCCAGGGUAUAACCGCCCAGGUCACCAUUUGGUUUCGCGGCCCCCUCCAGGAGCCCCCGAGGAGAUCCCUGAUGAUUUCAAUUGGGAUUUGAUCACCUAGCAAGCGAGAGACUUGGUAGCCCAUCCCUCCCGGAGGGUCCACUGCAGGAGAAGGAAGCCGUGUGUGCCAGCCCCAGGCCAGCGCUCGGCCUCCUUCCUUGCCUGUAUAUAGAUAUAUAUUCUCUUCUUCAGCCAGAGAAGCUGCCACAAGAUGCUGCCCAAGAUAAUCUUCCUUGCGCUCCUUGUUUACCUUCUUUUCUUCUUCCUUAUUAUUAUUAUAUUAUUAUUACCAUCAUCAUCAUCAUCGUUGUACCCAGCCCUUUUCGCUCUAUCUGCCAGCUUCGGAUUUUACACGUUUAUUGGGCACCUUGUCUGGAUGCAAGUGGGAAGAGUGCCCUGGUGCCGGAGGAGACUUCCAAAGAAUGGAGGCCGUCUUUCAUCAUUAUCUUCAUCGUCAUCGUCACCCCUUGCAUUGUACAAUCCCUCUUUCCCCCAGAGGUGGCCAGGGACUCUCUUGAUGGCUGCUGAAGUGAGCGCGCCCGUGGAUCUUGAGAGUCUGUAAGAAUUAUGUCCUUCCUAAAUGUCGUAACGUAUGUGUGUGUUGGGGGGGGGGGAAGGAGUUGGACUGGUCUGAAGGAGAACUCUGCCCGCUUCCUUGCACCAGCAAGCAGCAGCGAGCGAAGGGAGGCCAGAAGGACGUGGCCGUGGCAAGAAGGGAAGACGGCUCAGAGAGACCGAGAGAGAGGCUGGAACGAGGAGGAGGACAUCGGCUGACUUGCAACGCAAAGGCUGUUCAGCUGCUGCUAAGAGAGGAAGGCGGGGGUGGCCCUCCCCGUUUUCAACUCCCUGCCGUUUUGCACUUCAGCCCUUGGCAGAUCAGAAGAGCUGGACAGGUCUGCCCGCAUCAGGUGGGCUGGACAGCAAGGACCGCUGGACCAGACACCCUCCCGCCCCCCGCCCCCGCCCCCGGGCUUCUACAACCCGCUUCCUCACCUCUCUUCCCCUCUUUGAAGGCGGCUGAUGAGACAGACAAAUCAAGAAGAACCGUACUCUUCUCCCCUUCAAGGGCUCUUUUUUUUUUUUAACUUCUGGAUUUUACUUCUCCCCCCCCCCUUUUGCUGGAACGUGUUGUGACUUGUGAUGCAAAAGUGGAGGAGGGGUUUCCCCCCCCCCUCCUCUGCCUUGUAUAGCUCAGCAAGGGAUGCUUCCUGCAUGGUGGAUAAAGCGAGGCAGAAAGAGGAACAUCGUGCCGGGCAGAACUCGGAGGGCUCUGAAGGAGAAGGGAAGUUGGAGGCCCCCUUCCACUCCAGGGAGAAUGGGGAAUGGCAGAGGCUGAACCGAUUGUAGGUGGGGCCUUCCGAGUAUGGGCGCCACGAAUGGUGCCCGUCAGGGAUUCCAUUUUGAGCUGGCUCUGGCACCCCAACCCACUGCUGGGUUUCCCCUUUCUAGUGUGCUUCUCUUGUGGCCAGACCUCUUCUUCCCCUGCAUGCCCCUCCAGCUGCAAGCCUGCUUUGUAGGGGUGGGUUGAGGGGAGAGCCGAGUUAAAUGCAGAAGGGGGGAGGGAGGAUCCUGCCACAUCCAGCUCACUGCUGGGGAGGGAGGGAGGGAGGGAGGGGAGCUGGGGGGGGCAUCAUCCAGUGGUCUCAAGGGAGACCCUAAGUGGGGUGUGCAGGAAGCCCUGGUGCUGCCUCCUGUCAUGAAAAUGCUGCCCGGGGCAGGAUGCAGGAAUGGCUUCCCCUCCAGGUUUUGGGCAGGGCAGCUUCUGAGGAGGACACCCCCUCCCCAAGGGUCAUUCAGGGAGGCAAGAGAUCAUCCGUCAGGCUCUUCAUCCACAAUUGCGCCUUUUGCAUAUGUAAAUAUAUGCCAGUCAGUGUCCAAAUCGGUCUCGUCCCCCCCUUUUCUUCCGUGUAAAGAAGCUGUUAUCCUGGGGUGAGGAUUCGAUCCGAGGCAAUGCCCCACCAACUGGCGUCCCAGUCUGCCCGCCAGCCACGGAGGGGGAUCCCUUGCCUGCCCAUUGCUCUGUGCGGCCCACAAUGCUUGAUGCCGAGGAGGGGAUGGGUGGCCUCACAAAAUUAUUUUUGUGCAUGCUUUCUUAAUUAAAAAAGUGAAUGUUUAUGGUUUAACCGUU